AUGCGGCGCAUUUCUCGAUCAAUCUCCAUAAGAAUAAAGUGGAAUGCUGAACGAUUGUUUGCGAAUUCAGAUGUGGAGAACGGUAAUGCUGACGGAGAAUUAAUGGAGACGUAUCGAGGUGAAGAAGGCACCGAGGAUGGUUUACAACCGAAUAAAUCGCUGGCGUUUGCGUCGUUGGAGGUUUCGCUGUGUCUACUGGUACGACAGCUUUAUCAAUUAGAGCCAUUUUUGGGAGAUUUUAAGGCACUCAUUUUUCAGUUGCCACAAAUCAAUUCGGCUCUGAUGAAGAGCAAAUCGUUGGCACCACUGCAUUAUCGUAAAUAUUGUCGAUUGCCAGCCGAAUCGAACACUUUAAUUAAGCUCGGCAUAUCGAUACUCACCCAAAUCCCGUCGCUGUGUUCAUCGGCCGGCACGUUGAUCGUUCUGCCGAGUAUUUUGUAUUUGAUUGUUGGUAUUCUUCGUGAAUCGUCCUCAAUAGAUCAGGAGCAGCUUGUGCCCGAUGCGCCACCAGGUCAUGUUUCUGUUGCUGCAGCCGCCGCGAUGCAAGCUUUACGAACGCUUGCCUCUCAACCGCCUACCGACAGUACUCUACCGAAGUGGACAUCACUGAUGCGAAGUGCAUUGAUCUCGUUGGUGAAUAUGACCGAAGGUUUGUUCACACUUGGAUUUAUUUGA